GAUCCUAAAUCCUAUGCAACAGUACAGGGAUUUCUCACUGUUAGACACACAAGUGUCAGACUAACACACCACAGCGGUAUUGAAACUGUAAACAUGUCGUCUGGAGUUCCUCUUACUGUUCCCAUGCCAGGGAAGCCGUACCCUACUGUUGGGUUUGGAACAUUUACCAUAUUGGGAAAAACCGGUACCCCGGAUGAAGUAUACAAUGCGGUCAAGAUCGCCAUAUCAGAAGGUUACCGACACGUGGACUGUGCGUUGGUGUACGGUACUGAGAAGGCAGUUGGGGAUGCUAUAAAGGCGAAAAUCAACGACGGAACCAUUACCCGGGAUGACAUUUAUAUAACCACAAAGCUAUGGGAUACACACCACAACCCUGACCACGUAGAGGGUGCUCUGAAACAGUCAUUGCGCAAUCUCCAGACAGAUUAUAUUGACCUGUACCUCAUGCACAAGCCAUUUGCGUUAAAGGAUGGAGAUGACCUAUUUCCAAAGGACGCUGAAGGUAACAAUGCCUUCGCUGACCACGAUUAUAUUGAUACUUGGAAGGCGAUGGAGAAAAUGGUUGGAGCAGGACUAACGAAGACCAUAGGUAUUUCAAACUUCAAUAAGAAACAGGUAGAAAGGCUGUUAAGUGGAGCUUCGAUAAAACCAGCUAAUAUACAGAUAGAAAUCCAUCCGUAUUUCCUGAAUGAGAAGCUGGUUGCUUUCUGUAAACAAAACGGGAUGACCGUCACAGCUUACGCCCCCUUGGCGAACCCUGGCAGAACAUGGAAGACAGCAGACGAUCCUGUCCUGUUUGAAGAAAAGGUUUUAAAAGAUAUUUCUGCUUCGAAGGGAAAAUCGGUUGCCCAGGUGGUGAUGAGGUUCCUCCUACAGCGAGGUUUCGUCAAUCCCAAGAGUGUUACUCCGGCCAGGAUUAAGGAAAACAUACAGUUAUACGACUUUGACCUGUCCGAGACGGAAAUGAAGCAAAUUGCUGGAUUAGAUAGAAAUCUGCGGUUAUUCUGGGAAGACAUUGGUAAAGGUCACAAAUACUAUCCUUUCAACGACGAGUACUGAGUUCUGAAGAAACAGAGACCAAGCAAGCCUUCUAGUAAAGAUCAUAAUAAACCUUCCAUUGAAAUACCAUGCUGACAACUGUCGUGUUGAUUGUAUCAGCAACAUUUUGUAGUUUCUGUCGUCAAGGAUACUGACUUUAAGGACAAGAUUUUACUUUUUCUCGUGAAUGGACAUGUAUUUGCUUUCUGUUACAUGAAUAAAAAUAUAUACAAUUUCAGAAAGCAGGCUGGCUGAUAUUUUCUAUUUAUUGUUAAUAUUAUUCAUUCCUGGAGAUGUAAAGAUUGCCAGUUUCUAUCUCAUCUCAAACAUUAAUGAAGAAGUAUAAUUCGCUAUAAUGUAACAAACUCGACAAACAUCUAUUUCUUCCACAGAAAACAA